AUGUCAACAGAGGUUGACGCUAUUGACAAAAUUGAAGAAUUUUUGGAUGAAAUUUUUGGAGCUAGAUCGACAUUAUCCACAAGCACACUAAACUCUAUUUUGAUUGCUUGUGAGGAUGAGGACGUGAAUGAAUUGGUUCAGCUAUGUCAGGUUCAGCGAAUCUAUUCGGUGAUCUGCCUCCAUAACUUGAAGCCAAAUAGUGAGACCUUCAGGAGCAUGAUACGUUUAUGUGUAAGAAGGGAAGAUGUAAUUUAUGUUGAAACUUUACAUGGUGCAUACGCAAUGCUCGGUGAUGUAAAGAAAAUGAAUUUGAUGGUAACUGCAGACAUGUACAAUGCUAUAAUGGCUGGCUAUUUUCGACAGAAAGACACGGAUGGUACGUUAAAGGUGCUUAAACAAAUGGAAAAGGCAGAUGUGAAACCAAAUUCUCAAACUUUCAGCUACCUGAUACAAAAUUGUAGCAAUGAAAAAGAUAUUAUCAAGUAUUAUCACGGAAUGACGUGCUUCGGAGUUCAAGUUACAAAGGGCGUCUUCAAGGCACUUAUUAAUGCAUAUGCAUCUUGUGGAGAGUUUGAGAAGGCAAAACAGGUGAUCUUAGACAAAGGUAUUCCAGUUCAAAGCCUACAUAAAAUUAAAGGAUCACUUGUUGCAACUCUUGCAUCGAAUGGACAACUGUUUGACGCCUUCGUCAUAUAUGAAGAAAUUAAGCAAGCUGGAUGGAGAUUGGAGCCUAAAGCUAUCAGAGCUCUUAUCGAGCAACUCCAUUCUGAAGAAGAUUUGAGUAGAUCGAUUCAGCUAUUGGAGGAAUUGGGUGAUCCAAAGGAUUGGAUCUCUGCGAUUGCUUUGCUUAAGCAACUCAAUGAUUAUGAUGAUGAAUUGGCUGGAGACGUCUUGUUUCGUGAGGUAUUUCAUCUCAUAGAGGAAACAGAGCCUCCCGAUUUACAAUUUGGCUUAGACUUGCUUCGGUUCAUUAAGAAUGAACUUCACUUUGCUCUAUCAUAUGAGUGGCUUCGGUCUCUUCGCAGCAUUUUUGUGAAAGAGAAAAAUAUACAAAUUUCUCGUUUGAUUUGGAAAGAAUUUGUGACAACAGAUUACAGUUAUUACAGUUAUUUAUGCAUGUAUGAAGACCUUCUGAUUUCAGGUGAUCAUCAGGGUGCAUGGAAAAUAAUUAGUAAAAUUCCAAAAGGCGAUUCGGAUACCAAUGAGCUGAUCAAUGCUAUCCAGGAGGUGGGCAAGGCCUGGCGACGCCUCUCUCUGGGCUCGACCCAGGGGCCCAAGGGGGAUGAGUUGACCCCACUCCUAUCCCACCCCGAAUUCGGGGAUUUUGCGGGGGAAAUUCCCCACAUGCCUUAA